UCCACAACAAAGAAACCAAAACCCAAUUUUGUUUCCUCAAUCCAAAAAAGUCAAAACACAAAAAGCUCGAGUUUUUUAUUUUUGAUUAUCUUCAAUCGCAAUUUGUAGAAAAAUUCAGGUGGAGAUGGGUUCUGAAGGUCCAAAAGCAAUUACGAUUCAUGUGACUGGGUUCAAGAAAUUUCUUGGGGUUUCUGAUAAUCCUACUGAGAAGAUAGCUACUAAUCUGAUAUCUUAUGUUGAGAAACGAGGUUUGCCUUCUGGGUUGAGUCUUGGUAGCUGCAGUGUUCUUGACACUGCAGGGGAAGGUGCAAAAUCUAAGCUUUAUGAGGUUUUGGAGUCUAGUGUUGUCUCUGGUGAUCAGAACAGCAAUGGAACUGUUGUCUGGCUUCAUCUAGGGGUGAAUAGCGGAGCAACAAAAUUUGCAAUUGAAAGACAAGCAGUGAACGAAGCUCAUUUCCGUUGUCCUGAUGAAUUGGGAUGGCAACCACAGCGGCUUCCUAUAGUUGUUGAGGAUGGAAGCAUUUCAAAGGCGAAAGAGAGUUCAUGCUCGACGGAGUCCAUUUUCGAGUUAUUAAAGAAGAAAGGCUUUGAAGUUGUCCAAUCAGACGACGCUGGACGUUUCGUUUGCAACUACGUGUACUACCACUCUCUGAGGUUCGCAGAGCAAAAGGGACACAAGUCUCUGUUCGUUCACGUUCCUCUCUUCUCCAAAAUCGAUGAAGAUACUCAAAUGCAGUUUGUGGCUUCUCUCUUGGAGGCAAUUGCAGCUACCUGCUAGUGUUUAUAAUCCACUAAAAAGCCAAAUAUUGUAAGUAUCUUAUGUAUAUGAUCCAUUUGCGUCUCUCUACGAAGCUCUUCGUGUUCUUUUGUUGGAUUGUUUGAGGAUACUAAAAAAGACAGAUUGCUUUUGGCUCUCAAAGAGCCUUUGUGAUCUUUCUGUGUAAUAAAAAAAGGAUCUCUUUAUUGAAGAAAAAUGUGAAAAAGCUUGGAUUCUGUUUGGUUAAAUUUGCUACAUUUGGUUUA